CGUGGAGUGUGUUCUGUUGUCAUCGAUCGUCUGCUUCUCUUUGUACACAUCGGGCCAGUUUUCAUUCGUCUGGACUUUGUUGUUUGGUCGCUUAGCCAUAACUACUCCACGGUAGAACCGAUCUUACAACGAAACCUCCUGCAAAAUGGAAGAAAAUGAAGAAAUGAGCGGAGGGACGGUGGAGAACAAAAAGCACAAACUGCGCAGGAUGUCAUCGAGGACGUCCAUUACAAGCGUCAUCAGCGCUGCAGAGCCCUCUCCUAAAACACUACGGAGAAAUAACUCAAAGAAACCUCCACUGCAGAGAGGAAGCUCCUUCACAUUUCUGACUCCUGGGACUCCGUGGGACUUCAGUCUAAAGAGAAAGCGCAAAGAGAAGGACGAUGACACCGUCAGUCUGUCUAGCUUCGACCUCAAGGAGCCCAGUAACAAGCGCGUGCGGCCUCUGGCCAAAGUUUCAUCUCUCGUCAACUUGAUUUCGCCUUCAAAGAAUGGAGCAGUGCGGCGCUUUGGCCAAACCAUCCAGUCAAUGUCGUUGCGUGACAGCAAGUCACCAGGUAUGCCCCUGAAAACCAGCAGCAAGACAGCAGGUCCCACCCCCACGAAACGCAGGAACAGCACGUUGUGGUCGGAGACACUGGAUGUGCAUCAGAAGAGCACCUUCUCCACCAAAGAGAUCAAGAGACAAGAGGCGAUUUAUGAGCUUUACAGGGGAGAACAGGAUCUCAUCGAAGAUCUCCAACUUGCACGAAAGGCGUAUCAUGAUCCGAUGCUAAAGCUCUCCAUCAUCACAGAGGAAGAACUCGCUCACAUAUUUGGUGACCUGGAUGCAUACAUCCCCUUACAUGAGGAUUUAAUGAUGAAACUGACGGAGGAAACUGGCCCUGAUGGAACAGUAGCUCAGAUCGGACAGAUAGUUAUAGACUGGCUGCCUGGUCUGAAUGCCUACAAAGACUACUGCAGCAACCAGCUUGCAGCUAAAGCCCUGCUGGACCAGAAAAAGCAAGACAAGCGAGUGCAGGACUUCCUGCAGCGCUGCCUGGAGUCGCCCUUCAGCAGGAAGCUGGACCUCUGGAGCUUCCUGGACAUCCCACGAUCUCGCCUGGUGAAAUACCCACUGCUGCUGCGAGAGAUCCUCAGACACACUCCUCCUGAUCACCCAGACGUAGCCAGUCUGGAGAAAGCUAUCACUAUAAUCCAGGAGAUUCUGUCCGACAUCAACAUAAGAAAAGGGGAGUCUGAGUGUCAGUAUUAUAUAGACAAACUGGAGUAUCUGGAUGAUCGGCAGCGCGACCCUCUUAUAGACAACUGUAAGAUUCUACUUUGUCAUGGAGAGCUGCGGAACAAGAGUGGCUCGAGGCUGCAUGUCUUCCUCUUCUCCGAGCUCUUGGUUCUGACCCGACCGGUGACCCGAAACGACAGGAGCUGCUUCCAGGUGUAUCGACAGCCCAUCCCAGUUCGGGAUUUGGCUUUAGAGGACCUGCAGGAUGGAGAGAUCCGUAUGGGAGGGUCCUUCAGAGGGGCUUUCACCGCUGGAGAGAAAGCUAAGAACGUAUUUCGUGUGAGCUCUCUGGAUCCAUCCCACGGCCAGGCCCACACCCUGCAUGUCAACGAUGUCUACCACAAACAGCAGUGGCUCAACUGUCUGCGCACCGCAAUGACCCAACAACAGGGGGCUCCACCAAGAGCUCAGCAGGGAGGAACUGUCAGAGCCAAGCGUCGCUCCUCCACCAUCUCCACCACCUCCACCGACUAUGACGAGGAGACAGACGAGAACUGCCCGCCCACAUCUGGCCCUAAACUCCGGCCUCAGACACUCUCCAAAACCAGACUGGACCAGAAGUUACAAGGCUCACUAAAGAGGAAGGAGACCAAAGUGUAGACAUUUCACCCGUCCCAAGGGUUCCUCUUAAGACAGGCACAUGUGCGCAACUAUGUCCUCUUUGGUCACAUGUGCCUUCUGCGAAUUUUCAUGCAACCACUAUGUUUGUGCUUUUGUCUGUAUAGCUGCACUGAAAUGUCCUUUCCAAUCAUUUCCGUCCAAAUUUCUAUCAAUUUUUUUAAUGUCAUUAGUUUACAAACAAAAAAGUGACAUGUGACAGUGUGACUGAGAUGUAUGUUUACACCAGCUAAAUGUGUGUGGAAUUAGGGUUUUAUUUGUCUGUCAGUUUAUGCCACUUGUAGCUUGAUAGUCCAGUCCAAUGUCAACACAUUUAAACCUUCUCUGUUUUUUGCUGUGUUCAGUGUCAGUGCGUGUAUAUAACAUGCAUCCUGUGAGAAGUUGACAGUUGUGUUAUCAUGUGUCAAGCUAAGGGAUCAAGAAACAAAGCUGAGUGAGACAAGUCUAAAAAUGUUUGAGAUUCGAGAUAAGAUGAUGACCAAGAGCAGUAAACACGUGUUGGAUAAGGGAAAAAACAUUUCUCAGAAGAAAGGGAAAAAAAAGAAUCAUGAUGUUUUCAGUGAAAAGUUGUUUAUAGGAGACAAAAUAAAACAUUUAGUUUGUGCUCUCAAAAGA